UUGUAUAGAUAACCUUACAAAUAACAUACUUACGAACAGUUCAUUGCCAAAUUUUGCAUUUAGUGAAAUGAUUUCCUUCACUAGUGUUUUGUACCCACAUGCUUUUCGCUGGAACCGUGUGUAUCCAGAACAAUGUACAUUAAAUGUAUUGGACCCUAAAAUGCUAUUGUUGAAGUUGCUAAUUUAUUGUCACCUUUUCCGGGAUACAGGUAUGUUGUUUGUACUUUACUUGAGGGUGCACUGUGUCAAAUAAAAUCGGACUUUUAAUUGCACUUUGGGCGAAGGACUACUGUUAAAGUAUUAUACUUUUAACAUUUAAAUAUUAAUUAAAUACUAAUAGUUAUAUUGUGUUUUAAUUGAAUUAUUGAACACAAUAAUUCUAAUUUUAUAGACUAGUCAAACUUAUUGUGGCUUUGAAUAAUGUCUGUCGUUUUCCUCGUCUGGCAUAUGCUGUUUGUAUUAAUUCUAAUCAGUGUCACCCCCAUUACUCAUUAAAAUAUGGGUGUUUUUAAAAAAUGUUUUUUUGUUUUAGACAAGACAGCUGACAGAUUAACAAAACACCUUCUUUUAGACAUUGACAUAGAUAAUAUGGAAUUCAGAAUGAUGAGGUACAGGUAAUAAUGUGUUUUUUAUAACUUGAGUUAUGAAAUUGGUUAUAAUUCAUGACCAAAAGUCAAUUUUUCUUUAAUUUAUUUAUUUUAAAAUUAUUGUAGGUACUUUAAAAACAAAAUCGCUUUAUAUUGA